AUGGCGAAGCCGGGAGGCGGAGCAGCUGCGGCGGAGGCGGCGACGGCCGCCGGGGAGCCCCUCCUGCUGCCGCAGCAGCACCACCAACCACCCCUGCCUGCCUACUACGGCGUCCCCGUCGGCGGCUACCCGGCGCCGCCGCCGCCCCAGCCAUACGUCGUCCUCCUCCCCUUCCGCCGGCGGCGCCACCAGGGACGCUGCUCCUGCUGCAAUUCACUCCUCUCCUCGUCCUCUCUCCUCGCCCUCUUCUCCGCCGCGCUCCUCCUCGGCGCGGCGGGGUUCUUCCUCUGGCCCUCCGAUCCGGAGGUCCGCCUCUCGCGGCUCAGUCUCCGGUCGAUCCACUUCUCCACCGGCAAGCGGGGGACGCUAACCCUAGACGUCGAUGUCGACCUGAAGAUCCGCGUGGUCAACAGGGACUUCUUCUCCCUCGACUACGACGAGAUCCGGGUGGGGAUCGGCUACCGCGGCCGAUCGUUGGGGUCGGUGAAGGCGGGCGGCGGUCACCUCCGGGCCAGGGGCGUCUCCUAUGUCGACGCGCGGCUGCGCCUCGACGGAAUUCGCGUGUUCGAGGACGUCUUCUUCCUCAUCGAGGAUCUGGCUAGGGGGAGCGUUCCCUUCGAUACUACCACCGAGUUGCGGAGUGGCCAGCUCCACCUCUUCGGCAUCGAUGUCCCUCUUGAGGUACUCUCCCUCGCUCUCUUUCUCUCUCUCUCCCGAUCGACCGACCGACCGAUCGAUCGAUGAGAUUUGCAGUCGGCGGGAUUGUCUUAGCUUGAGGCUGAACUAUGGCGCUGCUUCCGGAGGAUCAAAUCCAGGUGGAGUAUGGAGCUGUUCCUACCGUCGAUUCUAGGUCUCUCUAGGGUUCCACUUUUUUUCUAGUGAGCCAGACAGGAUUCGAUCAAAAUCUGAAUCUCAGAGCAUCAGUUCUGCUUCAAUCGAAUGCUUCUUGGGCAGUUUCCGCGCCCCCGCGACCUGAAAAUUUGCACCCAAUCUGAGAACCGUAGAUGUUAAAGUUGACUAGAGGAACUAUGAAUCUUGAUGACAGCCAGAGUGAGUGCUUGGGGAUGUCAAAGGGUGGAUCGUUGACAAUUUCGGGGUCUACGGUAAAAGGGAUGAAAACCUUCAUCCUCUCUCUAGAAGUAUGAACCUGAUGAUAUCACGUUCAAUGGCAAGCACAAUCGGAAGCACGUCUGUUCAGUUCAAUGCUUUAUUUCCUGCAUUUUCUGAGUUUGUAAAUGCUUUUGUACAGUCAUAUGAACAAUCUAACCCAUUUUUUGACAUAAAUAUCGUAAAUUCAUAGUAGAAUGUCAUGAUUUCUGGAUAGAAAUCGUAUUUACAUGCAUAAAAAUCAUUCCCUGAAACCAGAAUUGAUGCACUAGCUAAGAAUUGCAUGAUCUUUGAGCAACUGUUUGUGGCUUGGCAUCUUAUUUUGGGCACUGAUAUCUGGAUAGAAAUCGUGUUUACGCACAUGAAAAUCGUUCCCCUGAAACCAAAAUGAUGAAUAAGCUUAGAAUCGCGUGAUCUUUGAGCAACUGUUCGUGGUUGACAUCUUAUUUUCGGCAUUCAAUCAUAAGAAAGCGAACAGCUGUGUUAGUCUGGAUCUCCCUCUCUCUCUCUCUCUCUCUCUCUCUCUCUCUCUCUCUCUCUCUCGCUCUCUCUCUGUAUUAGUCUGAAUUUCUCUCUCUCUUUCUCUCUCUCUGUGUUAGUCUGAAUCUCCCUCUCUCUUUCUCUCUCUCUGUGUUAGUCUGAAUCUCCCUCUCUCCCUCUCUCUCUCAGUGUUAGUCUGAAUCUCCCUCUCUCCCUCUCUCUCUCAGUGUUAGUCUGAAUCUCCCUCUCUCCCUCUCUCUCUCAGUGUUAGUCUGAAUCUCCCUCUCUCCCUCUCUCUCUCAGUGUUAGUCUGAAUCUCCCUCUCUCCCUCUCUCUCUCAGUGUUAGUCUGAAUCUCCCUCUUUCCCUCCCUCUCUCUCUUUCUCGCUAAGUAUUAGUCUGAAUCUCCCUCUUUCCCUCCCUCUCUCUCUUUCUCGCUAAGUAUUAGUCUUAAUCUCUCUCUCUCUCUUUCUCUCAGUGUUAGCCUGAAUCUCCUCUCUCCCUCUCUCUCAGUGUUAGUCUGAAUCUCUCCUCUCUCUCUCAGUGUUAGUCUGAAUUUCUCUCUCUCCUCUCUCUCUCAGUGUUAGUCUGACUCUCCCUCUCUCCCUCUCUCUCUCAGUGUUAGUCUGAAUCUCCCUCUCUCCCUCUCUCUCUCAGUGUUAGUCUGAAUCUCCCUCUCUCCCUCUCUCUCUCAGUGUUAGUCUGAAUCUCCCUCUCUCCCUCUCUCUCUCAGUGUUAGUCUGAAUCUCCCUCUCUCCCUCUCUCUCUCAGUGUUAGUCUGAAUCUCCCUCUCUCCCUCUCUCUCUCAGUGUUAGUCUGAAUCUCCCUCUUUCCCUCCCUCUCUCUCUUUCUCGCUAAGUAUUAGUCUGAAUCUCCCUCUUUCCCUCCCUCUCUCUCUUUCUCGCUAAGUAUUAGUCUUAAUCUCUCUCUCUCUCUUUCUCUCGUCUUCAGGGAAGGGUCUCCUGCUCGAUCAACGUGGAUGUGGGGAACCAGAGAAUCGCCAGCCAGGACUGCUAUGCAGACGUAAGUGUAUCAUUGGAGAGUAUCUCUCUGGGUUUUUGAAGAACAUUCUCAUCUCAUCUCUCUUAUUUUCUUGGCCCCUCUCUCUCUCUCUCUCUUCCUGCAGUGACUGGUGUGGAAUCCGUCUGAGAGAAUUUGGAGGCGGACCUCCCUCCCUCUGUUGUAAAGCCACGGGAAGAUGGAUCUGAACCUCAUGUUUAUACUAAAUUUGGAUGCCAGGCUAUGGGCUCCUCUCUCUCUCUCUCUCUCUCUCUCUCUCUCUCUCUCUCUCCCUCGCUCUAUAUAUAUAUAUAUAUAUAUCUAUCUCUCUCACUGUAAAUUGGAUUGAAACAGAGUCUUGCUUGGUUAAAAAGUUGGCUGAAAGAUGGAUCUGAAGCUCAUGUUUAUACUAAAUUUAGAAGCCAGGCUAUGGGCUCCUCUUUGUCUUUCUCUGUCUGUGUAUCUGUCUGUCUGUCUCUGUCUCUGUCUCUAUCUCUCUCUCUCUCCCUCCCUGUAAAUUGGAGUGAAAAAGAGGUUUGCUUGGUUAAAGAACUGGUUGAAAGGGGGAUGUUUGCAGGCAUCAAAUGAUUAAAGAUGGAGGGUAUGAGAUCAGAAAGUGUGGGUUUUUCUUUUCCUUCUGCAGCAAACCCAGGAAUUUUGAUUGUGCAGAUUAAUUUUGCAGUCGGUGGCGCUUGGAGGAGCUGCUCUUCUGCUGAUAUCCUGAGGAAUUCAUGACGUCAUCUUAGGGUUCAUGAAGAUUUCGAGCAUCAAUUGGGAGGGAAAGUUGUAUGCUUUGUCAAUUAGCCUACAUGGUGAAAACAGAGGAGUGUGAGCGAGAGAGAGAGAGAGAGAGAGAGAGAGAGAGAUACGCUGCUUUAUGCCCAAUCCAGCCGCUGCACUAGGCCCAGCACCAACUCCCCUUCUCUUGGGCACCCAUAAAAGUCCAUCUCUCUACCUCUCAAUCCAGCCACUGCAUCACACGCCUCUCUCUCUCUCUCUCUUUGUGUGGUUAAACCUCUAUUACAACAGAGGGUUGAUAUUAAUUUUAGUUACAUAUUUUUAUAAUUAUAUUUUCUUAAGUUUUCUCUAUAAUUAGGUAUCUUCUCAUUGAUUGGCACAUGAUUGAGCAUAACACAGCAGAUGAAAACGUUAAGUACAUAAUGUCAGUCACACACAUGACAUGAGGUCAGCCAUCAGUAUCUUCACAUUAUUUUAAUAGUUCAAUGAUCAUUAAGCAGCCUUUAAUUUUAUUGAUUUCACAUUUGAAAAUAGAAAAAUACUUGUUAUUUGCAAAAUAUUGAGAAUAAAAAAAUGUCAAGAUUUGACUACAAAAAUUAAUAAAAAAUAAGUUAAAGAUAAUCUUAGCUUAAUCCCAUAUGAGUUUCAGAGGAUUUAGAAGAAAAAUGAAGAUUAUUCAUCAAGUUUUGAAUUAGUUCUAUUUAUUAUAUCAGAACAUACAUGAAAUAGAAAUAAAUUGUCAUAAAAUAUAAAUAAAUGAUAAAAGUAGGUAAGUAA